AUGGCGCCUCCCGACAAAAUUACGGUUGCUAUACGCGUUCGUCCCAUCACUGAGACCGGUGGACAUGAUGUUGUUACUCACGAUGACUCGAGCUCUUCACUUAUUAUUGGCGCUGAUCGCUCUUUCACUUUUGAUUAUAUAUUUUCCAAUAACUCUGAACAAAUAUCUGUUUAUGAAACUCUAGUUUUAUCCCUUGUGAGAGAUUGUUUGCAGGGAAUUAAUGCGACUGUUCUGGCUUAUGGACAGGCUUAUAUCCUCACUCAGUACACUCUUCAGACCGGUUCGGGUAAAACCUAUACUAUGGGCACUGCAUUCGAAUUUGAGGGUACUGAGUUACCACCAAGUGCUGGCAUCAUCCCGCGUGCUUUUAUGGAUCUCUUCGAGCGUAUAAAGUCAAUGGAGGAUGUCGAAGUAAACGUCGAGGCGCAGUUCGUUGAGCUUUAUAAUGAGGAACUGCAUGACCUUCUUACCCCAAAAAAGAAUAUCGUAAAAGUUCAAGAAAAGAGCGGGGGUGGCAUAUAUCUUUCUGGAGCCACAACGGUUGCAUUACAUUCUGCUGAGGAGGCCUUAGCAGUAUUACGCUCCGGCGGUUACUCCCGUUCUACGGCUUCCACAAAAAUGAACGCACAAAGUUCGCGUUCACACGCUAUCCUUACCUUACUUGUUAACCAAAAGAAGAAAGAUGAGACGGGCCUACGUGUGGAGCUUAUCUCAUCAAAAUUUCAUUUUGUUGACCUCGCCGGAAGUGAACGACUUGGCCGUACUGGUGCUGAAGGCGAUAGAGCUAAAGAAGGCAUCAAAAUUAACUUCGGACUGCUGGCCCUUGGAAACGUUAUCAAUGCCCUUUCGGAAAACCAAAAGCAUGUUCCCUACCGUGACUCAAAACUGACUCGACUACUUUGUGAUUCGCUGGGCGGGAACUCGCGAACUGUCUUGAUAGCCUGUAUUUCGCCUGCAGAUAUCGAUCUAGGAGAGUCUGUCAAUACGUUACAAUACGCCACAAGAGCGAAGAAAAUAAGGAACGUGAUUUCUGUUAACAUUGACAAUCUAUCGUCCUCUGAUGCCGCCGUUUUGAAAAAGCUAAUGGCAGAAAACAGACGACUUCGUCAGCAACUGAAGACAAGGGGAGGGUCAUGCCAGCUACCCCUCACAGGAAAGACUGGUAUUCAGACUAGUUUCUACCUCAACCAAACUCGCGCUGUAGUUAUUGUAGAAUCUACGCCAACCACCGAUACGGACGCGGUUAACCGGUUCAUUUUAACCGACAUGAUACUCGUCCAUCGGCGAUACGCUUUGAAGGACAGAUUCGGAUCUCCGCAUUUUUAA